UAGAAUAUAUGAUAAUAUAUUCUGAUUUUGUAUAGUUGUUAUAUUUGUUAGGUGUAUAUUUAGCGAUAUAAUUAGCCCUUAAUUAUAGCUAAUCAGUUUGUAUCCUUAGCCUAACUUUACACUUGUAAUCUUGUAUAUAAGCUAAUUAUGCUUAAGGAAUUAUUCAGGGAAGAUACUUCUUUCAUGGUAUCAGAUUUCUAGGUUUCCAUCCUCACUCUUCCGCAACCGCCCUUCGUCUUCUUCCUGUUGCAUUUUUUCUUUUCUUUUCUCUUCUCCAUGGCUGAGUCCAAAUCAUCCUUUCACCCUGCUCUUGCUGUUUCUAACAUCAAGAAUCUUGUUCUCGUCACCCUUGAGAUGGAGAACGUUCAAUAUGCUACGUGGGCGGAACUCUUCAAAAUUCACGCACGAUCUCACAAAGUCAUAGACCAUAUUAUUCCUCCAAAGAAAAGGCAAGGAGAAGCCCCCUAAGACAGAGGAGGAGAUGGAACUGUGGGUCACCUUCGAUGCCACGGUACUCUAAUGGAUCUAUGCCACUAUCUCUCAAGAUUUGCUACAUACAAUUCUUGAACCCGACACUACGGCGAUGGAGGCUUGGAAUAGGCUGUGUGAUAUAUUCCAAGAUAACAAACACUCCCGUGCCGUCACACUUGAGUACGAUUUCACACACACUGAAAUGGAGCAAUUUCCCAAUGUCUCCGCGUACUAUCAACAUCUCAAGUCCUUGUCGGAUCAACUCAAGAAUGUAGGCUCUUCGGUGGACAAUAACCGACUGGUUCUCCAACUGGUGUCCGGCCUCACCGAGCCAUAUAAUGGUGUGGCCACACUCAUCCGUCAAAGCGAUCCUUUGCCCCAAUUUUAUCAAGCUCGCUCGAUGCUUGUUCUUGAAGAGGUUGGUCUCAGAAAGACGACUCAAAACACAUCUUCUGCUAUGGUUGCUCGUGAUUCGGACAAUUCUCAUGACUCUGUUGAUCAAUCGUCCUCACAACGCCAUAAUUUAGGUGGUAAACGGCCUCAAAGUCAUGGAAAUUCUGGUAAGAAUAGAAAUUCCGGUGGGGGCAAAGGGAAAGGCAACUUCGGCGGUGGCUCAGGUGGUGGGGGAAAGGGCGGUGGCAGCAACAACCGCAAUGGUAGGCAGGAGCAACCCUCCCCCCCCCCACAAUCGGGGACCUCUCGGGGCGGCGGUGGAUGCCGUGGCCAUGGAUGCAGUGGGCUGUACCCCCAUGUCCACUUCCUACUGGACAAUGGGCCAGGCCCAACAUGAAUUUGCGGCAGCAGCGCCAACAGCCACAGCCCGGUAUUCUUGGGCCCCUUCCUCAGCAAGCUUACUCGGCUACAGCUCCUACUCCAACAGAUAUCGAGGCUGCAAUGCACACCCUCGGUAUUACUCCUCCGGAUCCAAACUAGUACAUGGACACCGGCGCCACUUCUCAUAUGAUAUCCGGACAAGGUAAUCUCACGUCUUAUUUUAAUUUGAGCAAUAAUCAUGGUAUAACUGUUGGUAAUGGUCAAUCUAUUCCAAUUCGUGGGUUUGGUCAUACUAAAUUAGAGUCUCCCCAUCCUCCCUUGUCUCUUAAAAAUGUCCUUCAUGCCCCCCAUCUUAUCAAAAAUCUAGUGUCAGUUAGGAAGUUCACAACUGAUAAUUCUGUUUCAAUUGAAUUUGAUCCAUUUGGGUUUUCUGUGAAGGAUUUACAGACGGGGAUGCGUCUAAUGAGAUGUGAGAGUCGUGGCGCGCUCUAUCCCAUCACCAAACCACAUGUCUCUUCCCAUUCUACAUUUGCUGCUUUAGCUCCCUCCUUAUGGCAUGACCGUUUGGGCCACCCGGGAGCGAAUAUUUUGAGUUCUCUUAGGAAGAAUAAAUUUAUUGAAUGUAAUAAAUCUGGAAAUUCUAGUAUUUUUCAUUCAUGUCCUCUUGGGAAACAUAUUAAAUUUCCGUUUGUUACUUCAAAUUCUACUACUAUUAUGCCAU